AAUCGUCUCCUGACGGGAACUGCCAUCCCCAGCCAUGGCUGAAGGGGGCGCUGACGGGAACCAGCCACCGCGGGAACCUCCCCACAGCCUUCAGGGCUUGCUGCAGAUGGUGGUCACGGCGGGGAAUGCUGAGCCCGCCCCGUUAGAGCCCAUGACUGAUGAGCGGAGGCAGUGGUUGCAGGAAGUGAUGGUGGAGACGUUCGGGGGGCAGCAGGACGAGGUAGAGCAGAUGAAGGCAUGUUUGCGGGUCCUGGAGGCAGCGACCCCUGGAACAGGAAGCCAAGAGAGCCUGGAAGAAGCCCAUUCAGAUCGGGCGAACAGAGAAGAGGCGUUGGAUGUUCUGGCAGAAUUGUGUGAAAACUUGGAUAAUGCUGCGGAUUUCUGCAAACUGGAAGGCAUGCGGCUUCUGGCCCACCGCUACUUGGAGCACGAGGAGAAGGAGCUGUGCUGGCGAGCGGCCCACCUGGUGGGCACCUGCGCCCAGAACGUGCCCAAGGUCCAGGAGCAGGCCUUGGCACUAGGCUGCAUGAGGAAGCUGCUGCGGCUGCUGGACCACGAUCCCAGCGAGGCCGUCCGGAUUAAAGCGCUCUUCGCCAUAUCCUGCUUGGUGAGAGCCCAGGAAGCCGGCCUGCUUCAGUUCCUGCGUCUGGACGGGUUCUCGGUUCUCAUGAGGGCCAUGCAGAGCAAUGUGCAGAAACUACAAGUGAAAUCAGCCUUCCUGUUGCAGAGCCUUCUGGUCGAUCACCCGGAGCAGAAAGAAACUCUUUGUUCGAUGGGAAUGGUCCAGCAGCUAGUGGCCCUGAUCCGGUCGGAACACAGCACUUUCCACGAACACGUCUUGGGAGCCUUGUGCAGCCUGGUGGCAGAUUUUCCUCAGGGGGUCCAAGAGUGUCAACAGCCAGAACUGGCACUUGAAGAGCUGUUAAUGGAGCGGUGCCAGCUACUGAAGGAACAGGAAGCGUUUCAGGAGGAGCUUGAUUUCUGUAAGACUUUACUACGCCUUUGCUUCCAAGGCCAACCUGACGAAAACAGCAUGGACCGGUAACUUGGCUCCCCAGACCCCUGUUCAACGCUGUUGGAAGUUCUUGCUUACACUUGGAGCCGUUUCAGUUGGAAACACUUUUAUGGAAACGCCCAUGUUUAUCCUACGUUCACUGGAGACAGGCCGGAGC